AAGCCACACCUUUUCCCCUUCUCCAGCCAAGCAAGAGUCAUUCUUUUUCCCUCUUGCUCUUCGCCUUGCUUUCUUCUUGCUUUCUUCUUGCUUUCCCAGUUUGCGACCUGCGCAGCCAUUAGCCGUGGAUCUGAAUAGAUACUCGUCACGGCGAGUUUUCCGCCAAAGAGACACCCCUUUGAGGCCAUCUAUCGACUUCCGACAAAACAAGCACCGAGGCGCUUGACGCUGAGCACCCCGCUACCAAAAAGUCUGAGCUUCCUUGGAAUCAGCACCAAAGUAUCAACGGCGUCUAGUGCUAAAACCUCCUCAAGACAUCGAGGCACCGACCGGCUGCGAAACAUCAACCCGUCCUCGACCAGUCUGCUGCGCGCGCAACGGCAUAAUGGCGCGCCGUGAGUCUCUGUCUGAGAUUCGCGCCGCCAAUCCCGAGCUCUCCCUGACCGGAAACAUCAUCUCCGCGACAUUCAACAUCCCGCAUGCCGUGACAUACCACAAGGGCGGCGCCUGGGACCUCAAACCCCGCCGCGGCCAGUCCGCCCUCAUCGACUCCUUUGCCUAUCUCUCCUCCGAUGCGACGCCGUGGAAUCACACCGUGGUCGCCUGGACAGGCGAGAUUGGAAAUCCCGACGACGACCCGCUCUCUCCUCCGGACACACCCUCGGCUGCCGUCAAUGCCGCCACAUCUGUGAAUGCGUUGUCCGCCCCCGUACCGAUCGAUGCUACAACACGACUGCCUACUCCCCCUCCAGUUGACGGGCUCUGGAUACCGAAAGCAGACCAGGCUCGGCUGGAACAACAAUUGUCUCACAGCAAGACUAUCCGCACAGUGCCCGUUUGGCUUGCUGAUGAGAGCGAGGCCACCGACGAUGGCAUCAUGCUCAAAGACCAGGCCCGAUGGCGGCGCUACGCUGAGCAUGACCUCUACACACUGUUUCACUAUAAACAGCACGAGCCUACGGAUGGCCGCAAGGAGCGCGCUCAGUGGGCGGAUUACUACCGCAUGAACCAGAAGUUUGCCAACAAAAUCAUUGAGAUUUACAAGCCUGGCGAUGUAGUCAUCGUUCACGAUUACUAUCUUCUGCUGCUGCCCAGCAUGCUGCGCCAACGUGUCCCGAAUAUGUACAUAUCUUUCUUCCUGCAUUCUCCAUUUCCCAGCAGCGAAUUCCUCCGGUGCUUGCCUCGCCGGAAAGAGGUGCUCGAGGGCAUCCUCGGCUCUAAUCUCGUGGGCUUUCAGUCGUACAGCUACUCCCGGCAUUUCCUCAGCUGCUGUACGCGCAUCCUUGGUUUCCCAUCCGAUACUCUUGGCAUCGAUGCGUACGGCACUAGAGUACAAGUCGGCGUGUUCCCCAUUGGCAUCGAUGCCGCCAAGGUAGCGACCGCUGCCUGGGCAGACGAGGUGAACGCGAAGCAUGCGGCGCUCCUGAAGAUGUAUGAAGGCAAGAAGAUUAUUGUUGGACGAGAUCGGCUAGACAGCGUUAGGGGCGUGGCCCAAAAGCUUCAAGCGUUUGAGCGGUUCUUGGAAAUGUACCCCCACUGGAGAGAAAAGGUAGUUUUGAUCCAGGUGACGUCGCCCACUAGCGUGGCGGCCGAAAAGGACGAUCCGGAGAACAAGGUUGCCAGCCGAGUCAAUGAGCUCAUCAUCAAGAUCAACGGCGAAUAUGGCAGCCUCGGAUUUUCGCCUGUACAACACUACCCCCAGUACCUCAACCAAGCGGAAUACUUUGCUUUGCUGCGAGCGGCAGACAUUGGCCUCAUUACAUCGGUGCGAGAUGGGAUGAAUACGACGAGCCUCGAGUACAUCAUUUGCCAAAAGGAUAACAACGGCCCUCUUAUUCUGUCAGAGUUUAGUGGCACGGCUGGUAGUCUCCGUGAUGCAAUUCACAUCAACCCCUGGGAUAUCACAGGGGUGGCGGAAAAGAUCAACACGGCUCUGACCAUGCCUAGCGAGGAACGCACUAAGAUGCAGGCUAGCCUCUAUGAUCAUGUUACGACACAGAACGUCCAGUCGUGGAUUAGCAAGUUUGUUCGCAAGGUACACACUGUUCUGGGUGAAAGCAACUCGGCUAACUCAACGCCCUUGCUCGAUCGAGCCCUCCUGCUAUCUCGUUAUCGCUCGGCAAAGAAGCGACUGUUUAUGUUUGAUUACGACGGAACACUCACUCCGAUCGUACGUGAGCCAAGUGCAGCGGUCCCUUCAGAACGCAUCAUUCGCUACUUGAAGUCACUCGCGGCGGAUUCUAGGAAUGCUGUCUGGAUCAUCUCGGGCCGAGACCAAGAGUUCCUUCAGCAGCAUCUUGGACACAUCUCUCAAAUUGGAUUCUCUGCUGAGCACGGUAGCUUUAUGAGGGAUCCUGGCAGCGAGGAGUGGAUCAACUUGGCAGAGAAAUUCGACAUGGGCUGGCAAUCAGAAGUCAUGGAAGUUUUCCAGAAGUAUACAGACAGGGUUCCAGGUUCCUUCAUAGAAAGAAAGCGCUGCGCCUUGACUUGGCAUUACCGGCUUGCCGAGCCUGAGCAAGGGUUACACAUGUCACGCGAGUGCCACAAGGUGCUGGAAAGCGGGGUGGGCCAGAGGUGGGAGGUCGAGGUGAUGCCUGGCAAGGCUAACAUUGAGGUGCGCCCGACCUUUAUCAACAAGGGUGAAAUCGCCAAACGGCUGGUGGCUACUUAUCACAACCCGGGAGCUGCACCGACAGACAAGGACCCACAUCCUGGAAAGAUCGAGUUUGCUCUCUGCUCCGGAGAUGAUUUUACGGACGAGGACAUGUUCCGAAGCCUUAACGGGGCAUCAGGCACAGUUCUGGACGAUCAGCACGUCUUUACUGUAACUGUGGGGGCAAGCACCAAGGUGACACUGGCCAAAUGGCAUCUCCUGGAACCCGAAGACGUUAUUGAGUGUGUGGGAUUGCUAGCCGGAGCUGGUGACCCAGCUAGCCUCGAGCGUGUGGGAGAGGUGAACCUAGCAGCUCUGAGUACUGUGGAGGGCCACAUUCCCGAAGAGGAGCUAUGAGGAACGCGUAUAACCUCCUUCUUCAUUUUCACCUUGUUUGUUUUUAUUGUGAGCGGUGAAGCUGUUGUGACAACCUGCAAAGCUUUGUUUUUGAAAGGUAUUGGGUAUUUCUAACUACACUUUGGAGACGAGAGGGAGACAGCAGUAUGGUGUAUAGAAUGGUUAAUAGACGAAAGAUGGCGCGUGGCGUAUGGAGGCUGGCAAUAACUUGGGUUGACGAGUUACUGUGGAUGGAAAAAAUGCAGAGCAAAACAGGACAAAAAGGGAGGGCUGAGGCUAUCUUGGCCAACCUGACGUUCAAUCAAGAUUCUUGUCGGCUGGGAAAGUAUAGCGUUUAUGUUUCAUUUAGCGUUAAAUAUAGGACAAAGUAUAAAGUCAAGAUCUUCCUCGAA